AGUGAAAGAUACCUUCCCCCAAAUGAUUCAUGGGUAUGCGGAAAAUGUAAAGAGUGGGGGAGGAGCUGUAAGAUGUCUGCCUCUCUGCUCUCUGCCUUUGAUGAAAGGAGUAGGUCGGGGUGGGGUAGGAAGGAAGCAGUUGCAAAUUGUUCUUUCUCUGAGCAGGGAGCUUGGGGUAGGGACGGAAGUCAAAGUAGAGAAUAUGGAGAAGGUUGCCUGGACUUCUAGGAGGUGAAUGGAGAUUUAGGACAGCCUUUCCUGAGUCAUUGGUGAAAAAUGAGAACUUCACAGUCCCUGUAGACAACCUAACUACAUUUACUUACUAGUUAAAAACUGCCACUUCUCAUAGCCCCUUGAGAGAAGAUAUGACCCCCAUUGCACAAUCCUAUCAGCUAGUUUCCUCCCAUUUCUGGUAUUUCUCAGGACCCUUCCCUGGGCAGACUGGGACACCAGAUGGAACAGCUUCUAGCCACUGGGAAAUUGGACUUCAGAGCAUCGCAAGCCAGAGACUUGAAUCCCAGCUCCACUACGAGAGCCAGGCAUGGAAUUCUCCAGAGCCUCAUUCUCAGUAUCAUUAUAAGGAUUUGAAAAAAGGUGUUUGUAUAGUGUCUGCCACAUCAGAUGUGCUCCAUAAGAGGAAGUCAUUAAUAACAAUAUAAUCAACUCCCUGGCAAAAUUAAGCCUUCCCAGGAGACAAUGUACUUUUUCCCCUUAUGACCUGUAGGGAUUUGAAACUCCAUACUUCUACAAUAGGACUGAGCCAUGUCUGUCCUGCUCACUGCUGGGAUUUUGUGACAGGCACAUAACAGAGCUCUGUGAAUUUCUGUUGGUCACUGAUUGACUGGAUGAGGGAGACAGGGACCUCAGAUUCUGGAAACUCAAUCCAGGCCUUACCCCUGGAAAUGUGAUGGCAGUCCUGUUGAAAUUCUCCAAUCUACUUUCUUCCAGGCAGGCACCACUUUGAUGAUCUCAAAAAAAUAGUGACAAAAAUUCCUGAAUGAAGGCCUAGUCAGAGGUGCUUUUGCACAUGGAGUUCCAGCUCCAAGCACCUGAGAAUCCUGCCUAAAGUCAUUAGUUAUAGCAUCAAGUGACAACUGGCUGCAAUCCUAGCAACAACAGGAAGCAGGAUGUUUAUCUCUCUCAUGAAGAAAAGAGGUCAGGAUCAUACCCGCAACCUAGCAUCCAAAGGGGUUCUCAGGGCAAGCCAAGUCUCUGAGUGGAAAUUCAGUUCUCUCUCCCUCUCCCUCCUUACCACCUCCUCUGUACUCCUUAACAGAAAAACAAGAGGCAUCUAUCUGCACCUGCAGCCCUAAGAAAGCCCCUGCUGCCCACACUUGAAGCAGGGAGGCGCUGGGUUCUUGCCUUUGUGCAGGGGCCCUAGGUGCUGGGCGGAGCCAAACCAGUUGCUGCUCUGGCUGGCUGGCUGCUAAGGCUUGCUCCACACUUCUGCCAAGAAGAGUAGAAACUGACAUGGAGCAGGGGAAGGGUCUGACUCGCUUCAUCCUGGCUACCAUUCUUCUUCAAGGUGCUGUGGCCCAGUCAAAGAAAGAAAACCAUCUGAUAAAAGUGAAUGACAAUCGAGAAGAUGGUUCAGUACUUCUGACUUGUGACUUGACCGACAAAUACAUACAAUGGUUUAAAGAUUCUCCAAAUACACUUGUCCAAAAUACAAGUGAAAAAACAUUCAAUAUAGGAAGUAAUGCCAAAGACCCUCAAGGGAUAUAUUGGUGCGGAGGAUCAAACAACAUUUCAAGGCCAUUCCAAGUUUAUUAUAGAAUGUGUCAGAACUGCAUUGAGCUAAAUGCAGCCACCGUAUCUGGCUUCAUCUUCGCUGAAAUCAUCAGCAUUUUCUUCCUUGCUGUUGGAGUCUACUUUAUUGCUGGACAGGACGGAGUUCGCCAGUCAAGAGCUUCAGACAAGCAGACUCUGUUGCCCAAUGACCAGCUUUACCAGCCUCUCAAGGAUCGGGAAGAUGACCAGUACAGCCGUCUUCAAGGAAACCACCAAAGGAAGAAGUGACCUCAGGACUCAAGAGUAGGUGGUUCUUAAACACCAGUUCAGAGUGUUCUCCCUUCUACUGAGUUCUCAGAAUCAAAGCAAUACAUUUUGGAGAGCUCUCAGCAGAGAGAUUUUGAGCCCUAAUUCUAAACUCCAGGAUUGUAGAGAUGACAAACAAAGAGGAGGGGCCACCAGAGCAAAUUUGGGUUUUUCUCAAAAUAAAAGUCAAGGCUGGAGAUAUGGUUCAAUAA